CAGUUUCCUGAGCUGAUUUUGAAUAACAAAUUAUGAGUUACUUUGCAAUAUGUAUUUUGCCAAUGAUAUUUUUCUCCGUAAAUGGUUUGAAAUACAAACAUAUGAAUUGGGAGGACCUGCCAACAGAUUGCGGCACGACGAUAUACAGCAAUACGAAUUACUACAACAGUAAGGACAAAUCCAACAACCUCGCCAGCAUAGGGGAAUUCCCCUGGCUUGCCAGAAUAGGACUACACGACGAAAACACCAACGAUCUGUUCUUCUACUGCACCGGAUCACUAAUUCACGUGGAUUACGUCAUUACGGCUGCGCACUGCGGGAAACACAGCAAACUUGUGAGGCUGGGAGAAACAAACAUAAUCAGCGACAUCGACUGCUAUCGGGGGAUCUGUGCUCCACCUCCUCAAGACAUAAAAAUAAAGAAGCACAUAUUCGCUCAGCAUUGCCGUUUGACCAAUACUAACGAUCUCAGUAUACUGGUCCUGGAGGAAUCAGCUAAAUUUAACGACUUCGUAAGGCCCAUUUGUUUCCCUCGAGAACCCGUGUCCCAUCACGAACUAAUGUAUGAGAUCACGAUCGUGGCAGGAUGGAGCGUGGUGUACUCUGGGUGGGGCACGGUCCACGGAAGCAAUUUUUCGUCAUUUAUAAAUUUGAAGGACACAUUUUCCUUCGUAUUGGAUCCUAGGGUUUGCGAUGUUAUCUACAAGCGUCAUCUGCAAGAAAGUGAGCUUUGCGUAUCGUAUGAUGAAGAGGUUGAUGAUCCGUGUGUGGUGGACUCUGGUGGUCCACUAGUUAGAUACGCGGGAGCAGAUAAAAGAGCUUACAUUGUAGGCGUAGCAUCGCACAACCUGCUGCUGUGUCACGCGCAUCAAGAAUUUGCCGCAGUUUAUACGGAUGUUACUUACUUCACGGAGUGGGUGUUGAGGAGGAUCAACCAGUGGCUCGAAUGGGGAGCUUAG